CCCGCGGCCCCCUCGCCACCGCCUCGGGGCUCCCGGGCCGGGCCCGUGGUGGUGGUGGCUCCGGGGCCGCCAGUGACUACGGCCACCUCGGCCCCGGUUACCCUAGCGGCCCCCGGGGAGGCGCGGCCCGCCUGGGUCCCGGGGCCCAACCAGACUACAGAUGCGGCCCCGGCUGCGACCCCAGGUGUCGCCGGCAGCACAGUGGUAGUGCUGACUCUAGAGGCCUCGCCCACAGCCCCGACGGCGCAGGUUCCCCCUGGCCCAGAGCUCCCGGUGCCCGCGGCAGUAGCAGGAGCCGAGAAGUCAGUGGCUGUGGCCCCAGGGGCGGAUUCUCCGAAGACAGAGGAGGCCCGAACUUCGCCCGCCCCUGGACCAGGUACCCCCACCAGGACCCCCUGCAGAACAGCUCCUGGGGCCCUGACUGCCAAGCCCCCGCUUGCCCCCAAGCCGGGAACCACAGUGGCUUCAGGAAUGACCGCACGGGUUGCAGCAGUGACAGGACAGGUGACAAGUGGACAUGGAACUGCAGCAGCAGCAGCAGCAGGACCCGCUCGUGAGGACCCCUCAGGACCUGGUACGGGGCCUCCAGGGACAUGUGAGGCUCUGGUAGCCGUCGUGACCGUGACCCCAGCUCCGGAGCCUGCGGAAAGCUCUCAGGACCUGGGCUCCACGUCCAGCCUGGGACCAGGCAUCCCCGGGCCGCGAGGACAGGCUCCGGACACUCUGAGCUACUUGGACUCUGUAAGCCUCAUGUCUGGGACCUUGGAGUCCUUGGCGGAUGAUGUGAGCUCCAUGGGUUCAGACUCAGAGAUCAAUGGGCUGGCCCUGCGCAAGACGGACAAGUAUGGCUUCCUUGGAGGCAGCCAGUACUCGGGCAGCCUAGAGAGCUCCAUUCCUGUGGAUGUCGCUCGGCAACGGGAGCUCAAGUGGCUGGAGAUGUUCAGUAACUGGGAUAAGUGGUUAUCACGGCGUUUCCAGAAGGUGAAGCUGCGCUGCCGGAAGGGGGUCCCCUCCUCCCUCAGAGCCAAGGCCUGGCAGUACCUGUCCAAUAGCAAGGAACUCUUGGAGCAGAACCCGGGCAAAUUUGAGGAGUUGGAACGGGCUCCUGGGGACCCCAAGUGGCUGGAUGUGAUUGAAAAGGACCUGCACCGCCAGUUCCCUUUCCAUGAGAUGUUUGCUGCUCGAGGAGGGCAUGGGCAACAGGACCUGUAUCGCAUUUUGAAGGCCUACACCAUCUACCGGCCUGAUGAGGGCUACUGCCAGGCCCAGGCUCCGGUGGCCGCAGUGCUGCUCAUGCACAUGCCGGCUGAGCAAGCCUUUUGGUGCCUGGUACAGAUCUGUGACAAGUAUCUCCCUGGCUACUACAGCGCAGGGCUGGAGGCCAUUCAGCUGGACGGGGAGAUCUUCUUUGCCCUGUUGCGCCGGGCUUCGCCACUGGCACAUCGGCACCUGCGGCGACAGCGCAUUGACCCCGUGCUCUACAUGACAGAGUGGUUCAUGUGCAUCUUUGCCCGCACCCUGCCCUGGGCUUCAGUGCUGCGUGUCUGGGACAUGUUCUUCUGUGAAGGCGUCAAGAUCAUCUUCCGAGUGGCCCUGGUGCUGCUGCGGCACACGCUGGGCUCGGUGGAGAAGCUGCGCUCCUGCCAAGGCAUGUAUGAGACCAUGGAGCAGCUGCGUAACCUGCCCCAGCAGUGCAUGCAGGAGGACUUCCUCGUGCACGAGGUGACCAAUCUCCCAGUGACAGAGGCACUGAUUGAGCGGGAAAACGCAGCGCAGCUCAAGAAGUGGCGGGAAACCCGGGGGGAGCUGCAGUAUCGCCCCUCCCGGCGACUCCAUGGUUCCCGGGCCAUCCACGAGGAGCGCCGGCGGCAGCAACCACCUCUGGGCCCCUCGUCCAGCCUCCUCAGCCUCCCUAGCCUCAAGAGCCGAGGCGCUCGUGCAGCUGGUGGGGCCCCCUCUUCACCCCCCCUUGCCCGAAGGGCUAGUGCUGGGCCUGCCCCGGGGCCUGUGGUCACCGCUGAGGGCCUGCAUCCAUCCCUUCCCUCACCUACUGGCAACAGCACCCCCUUGGGUUCCAGUAAGGAAGCCCGGAAGCUGGAGAAGGAACGGCAGAAACAGGAAAAGGAAUGUGAGAAGGAGCGACAGAAACGGGAGAAAGAGCGGGAGAAGCAGGAGAAGGAGCGGCAGAAGUGGGAAAAAGAGCAGGAGAAGGAGCGGCAGAGGCAGGAGAAGGAGCGGCAGAGGCAGGAGAAGAAGGCCCAAGGCCGGAAGGCCUCGCUGCGUCGAAAGGCAGAUGGGCCCUCGGCCCCCCAGGAUGGCGGGGACAGGUCCUCGGCAUCUGAGGCCCGGCAGGAUGCCUACUUCUGACCUCUGCCCUGGGGCUGGACUGCAUGGCCCCCCUUUUCCCCUCAGC